AUGGAUCAUUCCCAGUGCCUUGUGACUAUAUACGCCGUAGUGGUUCUGCUGGGUCUCCGGCUAGAGCAAGGCGCCUGCCAGCACUAUCUGCACAUCCGUCCGGCUCCCAGCGACAACUUGCCCUUGGUGGAUCUAAUCGAGCACCCGGACCCUAUCUUUGACCCCAAGGAGAAGGACCUUAACGAGACCUUGCUCAGGAACCUCAUGGGCGGACACUUCGACCCUAACUUUAUGGCUAUUUCCUUGCCCGAGGACCGGCUAGGAGUAGACGAUCUGGCUGAGCUGGACUUGCUGCUCAGGCAGAGACCCUCGGGAGCGAUGCCCAGCGAAAUCAAAGGGCUGGAGUUUUACGACGGGCUGCAGCCGGGCAAGAAGCACAGGCUGAGCAAGAAGCUGCGCAGGAAGCUGCAGAUGUGGCUCUGGUCCCAGACCUUCUGCCCGGUCCUAUACACGUGGAACGAUCUCGGCAGCCGCUUUUGGCCCCGGUAUGUCAAAGUGGGCAGCUGCUACAGUAAAAGGUCUUGUUCGGUCCCAGAAGGCAUGGUUUGCAAACCUGCCAAGUCCGUGCAUUUAACGAUCCUGAGGUGGAGGUGCCAGCGCCGGGGAGGGCAGAGGUGCACAUGGAUACCCAUCCAGUACCCCAUCAUUUCGGAGUGCAAGUGCUCCUGCUAG